AUCUGCAGCAUUGCUGAACUGGUGCAGUGCAAAAGCACUCGUCAUCCUCACCGAUGGUGUGCAGAACAAGGGGGACAUAAAAAAAAAUACAACAUUCUUUCUUGAAAAUCAUCCACCACAAAAAAUUCAUCAUGAGCUUCGAUUCCUUUUACUCCUACCGACGCCCCUGGAAUGGCUACAAGAGCUCAUGGACAUCAAAGACCUCCAUAUCUUCACCUCUGCUCUCCUCAUAUCGAGCUCCUCCAGCUGGGAAGAAGAUCUUGAGGUUGGUCUCCUCCCCCCUCCCAGAUGCCUCCCAGAGGAUAGACCUGGCUCAGGCCAGCUCUCUUAACACAGAGCUGCUGGGCUUGCGCUCCCAGGAGAGAGAGCAGCUGGUGGACCUAAAUGACCGCUUUGCCUCCUACAUUGAAAAGGUUAGGAACCUGGAGCUGCAGAACCGAGCCCUGCUGGCAGAACUGGAGGCUCUGAGGAAGCAGAAGAACGACCCAUCCCGCCUGCAGCUGCUUUACGAAGGGGAGGUACGAAGUCUGAGAGCCAUGAUUGACUCAGAGAACGGGGAGAAAAUGAGGAUGGAGGAGGAGAGGGACUACCUGCAGAAUGUGUACGAGCAGAUGAAAGAGCGACACGAGGAGGAGGUGCAACGCCGGCUGGAGGCGGAGGAGGCCCUGGAGAGGGCCAAGGAAGAGGCGGGCCGGGUUGCUGUCUCUGCCUGUGACACAGAGGCCACUGUGGCCUCUCUAUGCAACGAGGUGGUUUUUCUGAAGAGGGUCUUUGCUGAGGAGCAGGCGGAGCUGGAGGCCCAGGUGCAGGUUGCCAGUAUCAGCGUGGACGUGGAGGUGUCCAGGCCAGACCUCUCCUCCGCCCUGCGAGACAUACGGGUGCAGUAUGAGCGGCUGGCAAACAAGAACAUGCAGGCUGCUGAAGAGUGGUACCACAGCAAAUUUGCAAGCGUGGCAGAGAUGGCCAGCAAAAACAACGAGGCAGUGCACGCCAUCCGGGAGGAGACCAUGGAGUACCGGAAACAGCUGCAGUCCCGUUCCUGUGAGAUCCAGGCUCUCCGCAAUGUCAUCCACUCCUUGAAUAAGCAGCUGGAGGAUCUGGGGGAGAUGCAAGCCAAAGAAGUGGAUAAGUAUCAGAUUAGGAUUGGUGAGCUGGAGCGGGACAUCACCAAAGCGAAACAGGAGAUGGCCUCCUAUCUAAAGGAGUACCAGGACCUGCUGAACGUGAAGAUGGCCCUGGACAUAGAAAUCACUGCAUAUAGGAAACUUCUGGAGGGGGAAGAGAUUCGGCUGACCUACCCCUCCAUUCCUGCUCUGGCCUAAAACUUGCUGGAAUAAACCUGUAUUUUUCAUAAACGCUCAUCCCCCUCCCAUUCACCCCUAAGGAGAAUCAGAUUAAACAUGAACUCAUCUUCAACAAGACACCAGCGCCCUUGUUCCCAACAAGAGGUCCACCAGAAGUCCCCCUUAUUCUACACACGCUCCCGUCACUCAGAAAUCUGCGGCCUGCACUGCAUUAGUUACCCAGAGGAGUGGCGGGGAACGCUGUGGUUUGCCUGUGGUGCAGGUUAAGGUCCAUGCAGCAGAGGAGGCCGUCCCACGCAAACAUUUAAGCAAGUGUUUGUGAAGGACUGAAACGAUUUGCUUUCUCUCAGUAUGUGGACUUCAUCUGCACCACCUUAGAAUCUCUUUCUUAUGUAACCUCUCCUUUCUUGCUUCUGCAGAGCAGUUAAGUGAACCAGCAACCCUAAACUUUCAGUUUUUCUUCUCUUAAACUUCCUCUUCCACAGAAUUUCACGUCCAAAACACAGAGCUGUGAUUCAAAAGAGUCUCAGAUCUGCGUGAAUGUGCGCAUCCUAAACCUGCUCAUCUCCUAGCUGUGGAAGAUUUACUGUUGCUGGUUCCUCUUCUGUCUCCAGUCCUAAUAAAGAUAAACCUGAAACUA